GCAGUUAGCUAGUUUAGUACUCCUAUUCAUCUAUCCCUUCCAAUUAUUUUCUGUCUUGUUCUCAUCAUCAUUCCAAUCCCAUCCCUUCAGUCCUCAGCUCAACUCACUUCUAUAUCCCCUUUACACAGGAGUAACAAACUAAUUCAAAAUACAUAAAUAAUAAGUAACUAAUUAAACUCAUGGCUACUCUUGAACAACAAAUUUCACAUAUCAUCGACGAAGACGAUGAUGACAACGAAGAAGAAGACGACAACAACAACGAAGAACAAGAAGAAGAAGAGAGCUCAGCACGAGUUGCUAUGACGAGAAGAGCCACGUGCAGUCGCGAUAAACUAUGGUUUCUGGGGAAGGUUUUGGACCCUAGGGCCUCGAGGAUUCAAGAAUGGAACCAAGUGUUCCUUUUAGUAUGCGCAACUGGUUUGUUUGUAGAUCCGCUCUUCUUUUACGCCCUCUCUAUAAGCGAAGCCUGCAUGUGUUUAUAUGUGGACGCUUAUUUUGCAAUCACCAUCACGGUUCUUCGAUGCAUGACGGAUUCUCUGCACGUAUGGAACAUGUGGUUGCAGUUGAAGAUAAAUAAACACCCGCAUGCUGUCAAUGCGGACGAGAGAAGCCGUCCACAUGAUACGAGCUCACGCACCGUGGCCAUGCGCUACUUGAAGGCUAGGAAGGGCUUCUUUUUUGAUCUCUUUGUCAUCCUACCUAUACCUCAGGUUGUCUUAUGGAUAGUAAUCCCAGCGUUACUGGAAAAGGGUUCGACGACAGAAGUGAUGACAACAUUUCUAGUCAUGUUUCUACUGCAGUAUUUACCAAAGAUUUACCACUCUGUAUACCUCUUGCGCAGAAUGCAAAAUCUUUCCGGUUAUAUUUUCGGGACCGUAUGGUGGGGAAUUGCUCUCAAUUUGAUUGCUUAUUUCGUUGCCUCCCAUGCUGUAGGAGCAUGUUGGUACUUAUUAGGAAUCCAGAGAGCAACAAAAUGCUUGACAGAACAAUGCAUGAAAACACAAAGUUGUGGCCCUAAAUUUUUGGCUUGCGAAACCAAUCUAUUUUAUGGAGGAAAAAACCUGGUGACAGCCAGCACAAGACUGUUAUGGGGAGAAAAUAAAGAAGCUAGGUCUCUGUGUCUCAUUGCUGAUCAUGAUAAAUUUGGUUAUGGAGCUUAUAAAUGGACGGUUCAACUUGUCACAAAUGAGAGCCGUUUGGAAAAAAUACUGUUUCCCAUCUUCUGGGGCCUUAUGACACUUAGCACAUUCGGGAACUUGGAGAGCACCACAGAUUGGUUAGAAGUUGUGUUUAUCAUAAUUGUUCUUACGAGUGGACUCUUACUAGUCACUAUGUUAAUUGGUAAUAUCAAGGUGUUUUUGCAUGCAACAACGUCAAAGAAACAGGCGAUGCAGUUGAAGAUGAGGAACGUUGAGUGGUGGAUGAGAAAGAGGCAUUUGCCGCAAGAGUUUAGGCAGAGAGUGCGCAACUAUGAGAGGCAGCGUUGGGCUGCCAUGCGUGGCGUUGAUGAAUGUGAUAUGAUCAGGAAUCUCCCUGAAGGUCUUAGGAGGGAUAUUAAGUAUCAUCUCUGUUUGGACUUGGUCAAGCAGGUGCCUUUGUUUCAGCACAUGGAUAGUUUGGUUCUGGAGAACAUAUGUGACCGUGUCAAGUCCCUCAUAUUCACUAAGGGAGAAACCAUAUCAAAGGAAGGUGAUCCGGUUCAGAGAAUGCUGUUUAUAGUAAGAGGACACCUACAAAGCAGCCAAGAUUUAAGAGAUGGUGUAAAAAGUUGCUGCAUGUUAGGCCCUGGAAACUUCAGUGGCGACGAGCUUUUAUCAUGGUGUCUUAGGAAACCUUUUGUGGAAAGAUUGCCUUUAUCUUCAUCAUCACUAGAAACUCUUGAAACAACUGAAGCUUUUGGGCUAGAAGCGGAAGAUGUGAAGUAUGUAACACAGCAUUUUAGGUACACAUUUGUGAAUGAGAAAGUGAAGCGCAGUGCUAGGUAUUAUUCGCCUGGUUGGAGAACUUGGGCAGCUGUUGCAAUUCAGUUGGCUUGGCGGAGGUAUAGGCACCGCUUGACGCUGAGUUCCUUGUCAUUUAUAAGGCCAAGGAGACCCUUGUCAAGGUGUUCAUCACUUGGGGAAGAUAGGUUAAGGCUCUAUGCUGCUCUGUUAACUUCACCUAAGCCUAAUCAUGAUGAUUUCGAUUUCUGAAGGAAUAGGGGGCUUGACUGUAUGAGUGGAUAAUAAAUUAUCUAUUUUAUGGUUAACAAAAUGAUUAAAUAAACUUGAAACAAGUUCUGGAUACUUAGUAUCGCCAAAGGACUUGAGAAGUUGUUUAA